UAUAUAUUCACUCAGCUGUCUUAAACUGGAAGAAAUGUUUGCACUCUAUGAAGCUGAAGGACUCUGUCUUGAGCCUUGUACACGUGAAAGGUCGAGUUUUGGUAGCACUAGCAGAUGGAACUUUGGCAAUUUUUCAUAGAGCAGAAGACCGCCAGUGGGACUUAAGCAACUACCAUCUCAUGGAUCUUGGCCGUCCACAUCACUCCAUCCGUUGCAUGGCAGUUGUCCACGAUAAAGUAUGGUGUGGUUACAAGAACAAAGUCCAUGUCAUUCAACCAAAGACCAUGCAGAUUGAGAAAUCCUUUGAUGCCCACCCACGUAGGGAGAGUCAGGUGCGACAGCUAGCUUGGAUAGGUGAUGGUGUGUGGGUCUCAAUUCGCUUAGAUUCUACGCUGCGACUUUAUCAUGCACAUACCCAUCAACAUUUGCAAGAUGUGGAUAUUGAGCCAUAUGUUAGUAAGAUGCUGGGUACUGGGAAGCUGGGAUUCUCAUUUGUAAGAAUAACAGCUCUACUCAUUGCUGGUAAUCGACUAUGGGUUGGAACUGGAAAUGGUGUUGUCAUCUCUAUCCCACUAACAGAGACGAUAGUUUUGCACCGAGGCCAGCUCCUAGGUUUGAGGGCCAAUAAGACAUCUCCUACAUCAGGUGAUGGCAGUCGUACUGGAGGCGGUGUGAUUCAUGUGUAUAGUGAUGACAACAGUGACAAAACAGUAGGCAACUUCAUUCCUUACUGCUCGAUGUCUCAAGCCCAGCUUUGUUUCCAUGGACACCGGGAUGCAGUCAAGUUCUUUGUGUCUGUGCCAGGUAAUGUUCUCGCUACACUGAAUGGCAGUGUACUGGAUAGCCCUUCUGAAAACCCAGGCAGUUCACCAAGUGAAACAGAGGUACAGAAGCUACAUAACGUCCUUGUACUGAGUGGUGGAGAAGGUUACAUUGACUUCAGAAUUGGGGAUGGUGAAGAUGAUGAGACAGAAGACAAUUCUACAGAAGCAGUUGUGAUGAAGCCUAGCCUUUCCAAAGCAGAGCGAAGCCACAUCAUUGUUUGGCAAGUCUCCUACGUUCCUGAGUGAGCCUGCCAUUUACUGCUACAGGAUAAUUUCUGCUGGAGAACACUAUAAUUAUCAUCAACUAAACAAGCAAUCUAUCUAGGCAAAAUACAUAUAAAUAUAUAAACAAGUACAAAAAUUCCUGCAUUGAUAUCAUCUUCCCUUUCAGGUUUUUGCAGUGCCAGCUUUCAUACCCUAUUUGCCUCUGCCCCCAUCCACUCCAAAACCUGCUCAUCACCCAUGCUUUAAUACCAAAUAUGUGACAAAAGACAUGCAGCACUGUUUGAAGUCUGGUAUCACAAGACUGGUGUAUUACAUGCAGAUAGGCUUAUGCAGCAUGCACAUGUGCAGGAGUUGGAUUUGAUGUAUUACAUACAGGUAGGCUUAUGCAGCAUGCACAUGUGCAGGAGCUGGACUUUAUAUUACAUGCAGGUAGGCUUAUGCAGCAUGCACAUGUGCAGGAGUUGAACUUGCUGAUAAACAUUUGUAGCAUACACGUGCAGGAGUUGGACUUGCCUGCAUCGGAAAACUCUUCAGGCUUAUGUUCUUGUAAGAAAAGCUUUGUUACUAUUGCAGGAAUAUUCAGAUCAGUCUUAGCAUGGUAUGUUUUUCAGGGAAUCAUACUGGUUUUCACAUUUCAUUUUUUUUGCACCUUUUCAUACACAACAAAAGAACGUUAUCAUA